CUCAUUUUUCGCCUUUCCAACAUUGAUCUCUAGUCGUUACCAUUUCAAGUUUUCUUAUUUUGUAUUGCAAAAAGCUCGUUAGUUUUUAUUUAAAUCCUUCCUCUCCCAAAAAAACUUGUUUUUCUCUAUCUAUUGUCUUUUUAUAAGACGACUGAACUUUUGUUCUCAAGACAUGAUAGAGAGAAACAUAUUACGUUUCAACAAAUAUUUCUAUUGGUAGCUUCCAAUGUAUCCAUUCUACUGUUUGUUCAAACAAUUCAAAUAUUUUGGCUCGAACAGUUCUGACUUUUUUUCCAAAACUUUGAUUGAAAACGAUGAGACGCUUUCGGAUUGAUGUUGGUUGGUUCCAACACAUCUUGUUCUUCUUCGUUUGUGGCUUGGGGUUUAUAUCGCUUGCAUCAUGUUUAGAUGGAGAUGAUUACAGCAAAACAGGGAAUCCAAAAGUUCUUGUUCCCGUUACAAACCUGAUAUAUAACCGACUUCAGAGUCUAAAGAAUGUCUUAAAGGCUGACAUUGAUCGGGAUUUAGGAUAUUGCAUCAAAAAUUUGAAGGACGAUUGGGAUGAAGCAUUUGAUUUUGAUAAAAAUCUAGACUUCUUAAGCAAUUGUAUCAAGAAAACCGAUGGUGACAUCACACUUAGACUAUGUUCAGCUGCUGAGAUAAAAUUCUAUUUCAGUAGUUUUGUUAGAAGGGAUGAAGUAACAACGGUUCAUGUAAAACCUAAUGUCAACUGCAAUUUGGCUAAAUGGGUUUCUGGAUGCGAACCGGGAUGGAGUUGUAAUGCAGAUGAUGAUAAAAAGUUUGAUAUAAAAAAUGGAAAAGUUCUUCCAUCUAGAACUCGUAAAUGCCAACCUUGUUGUGAGGGCUUCUUUUGUCCACAAGGUCUUGCUUGCAUGAUACCGUGUCCACUAGGUGCAUAUUGCCCACUUGCCAAGCUUAAUAAAGCAACAGGAGUUUGCGAGCCAUAUAAUUACCAAAUUCCUCCUGGAAAGUUAAACCACACAUGUGGUUCUGCAGAUAGUUGGGCUGAUGCUGAGAGUAGUGGUGAUAUGUUUUGUUCUCCAGGUUCAUAUUGCCCAACGACGAUUAGAAAGGUCACUUGUGGUAGUGGACAUUACUGCAGACAAGGUUCUACUUCACAAAAACCAUGCUUCAAGCUCGCAACUUGUAAUCCAAAUACUGCAAACCAAAAUAUUCAUGCAUAUGGAGCCAUCUUAAUCGCGUCACUAAGUCUUCUUAUGAUCAUGAUUUACAACUGCUCCGAUCAAGUUCUUGCCACUCGAGAAAAGAGACAAGCCAAAUCUAGAGAAGCAGCAGCGAGGCACGCAAAAGAAACAACACAAGCUCGAGAAAGGUGGAAAAGUGCAAGAGAUGCUGCCAAAAACCCUAAGAUGGGAUUAACUGCACAACUAUCUCAAACAUUUUCUCGCAUGACAUCUAAGAAAGAUACACCUGAUAAAGCAUCUGGAAAGUCCAAGGACAAGAAAAAAGGACCGAGUAACUUGACCAAGAUGAUGAAAUCAAUGGAAGACAACUCGAGUAACCAUGAAGGGUUUAAUGUUGGAACUGGAGGUAGUAAGCCUGGGAAGAAGCCUCAAGCUCCAAAGGGUAAACAGCUUCAUACUCAGAGUCAGAUCUUUAAGUACGCGUAUGGUCAAAUAGAGAAGGAGAAAGCUAUGGAGCAAAACAACCAGAACUUGACAUUCUCAGGAGUUAUCUCCAUGGCCCAAGACACUGAGAUUAGGUCUAGGCCUGUGAUAGAGGUUGCGUUUAAGGAUUUAACUCUUACUUUGAAGGGUAAACAUAAGCAGAUAUUGAGAUCUGUUACCGGAAAGAUCAUGCCUGGCCGUGUUUCCGCAGUAAUGGGUCCAUCAGGAGCUGGAAAAACUACAUUUCUUUCUGCCUUGGCAGGAAAGUCAACCGGAUGUACUAGGGCUGGUCUAAUCCUCAUAAAUGGUAAAAAUGAAUCUAUAAACUCAUACAAGAAGAUUACUGGAUUUGUACCACAAGAUGAUGUUGUCCAUGGAAAUCUUACCGUCGAGGAGAACCUUCGUUUUAGUGCAAGAUGCAGGCUGAGUGCUUAUAUGCCAAAAGCAGAAAAGGUGUUGAUCAUUGAAAGAGUGAUUGAAAGCUUAGGACUACAACAUGUAAGAGACUCAUUGGUUGGCACGGUAGAAAAAAGAGGAAUCUCCGGAGGACAAAGGAAACGAGUGAACGUUGGUGUUGAAAUGGUCAUGGAACCUUCUCUACUGAUAUUAGAUGAACCUACCACAGGUUUAGAUAGUGCAUCUUCUCAGUUGCUACUUAGAGCACUUCGACGUGAAGCAGUUGAAGGGGUCAACAUUUGCAUGGUCGUGCAUCAACCCAGUUAUACGAUGUACAAAAUGUUCGAUGACAUGAUAUUACUAGCAAAAGGUGGUCUUACCGCGUACCAUGGAUCUGUCAAAAAAAUCGAAGAGUAUUUUGCUGGAAUAGGUAUCACGGUUCCUGAUCGUGUUAAUCCUCCUGAUCAUUAUAUAGAUAUUCUUGAAGGCAUCGUGAAACCAAAUAGUGAUAUCACUAUAGAACAACUUCCUGUGAGAUGGAUGCUUCACAAUGGUUAUCCAGUACCACAUGAUAUGUUAAAGUUAUGUGAUGGACUCCCAUCAUCAUCUGGAUCAGCUCAAAAUGAUUCCACUGACAAUUCUUUCAGUAAUGAUCUAUGGCAAGAUGUUAAAACCAAUGUGGAGAUACAAAAAGAUCAGCUACAAGACAAUUACUCCAAUUCUCAAGACAAUUCUAAUCGAGUAACUCCUACUGUAGGUCGACAGUAUAGAUAUUUUAUGGGAAGGAUUGGGAAACAAAGACUUAGAGAAGCAAGACUACAAGCCCUAGAUUUGCUAAUAUUACUAGUUGCAGGAGCUUGUUUAGGAACUCUUGCGAAGGUGAAUGAUGAGACGAUUAAUUCACUUGGCUACACAUACACGAUUAUAGCAGUCUCUCUUUUGUGUAAGAUUUCAGCGCUGAGAUCAUUCUCUGUAGAUAAAAUACAAUAUUGGAGAGAAAGUGCCGCUGGAAUCAGCAGCUUGGCACAUUUUAUGGCCAAAGACACAAUGGAUCAUCUGAACACAAUUAUCAAACCUUUAGUGUACUUGUCCAUGUUCUACUUCUUCAACAAUCCGAGAUCUAGUUUCGAGGACAAUUAUAUUGUGCUAGUGUGUUUGGUCUACUGCGUAACGGGCAUGGCUUAUGUAUUUGCCAUAUUAUACAGUGCUAGUGCUGCCCAAUUGAUGUCGGUGUUAGUACCUGUUGUAUUGACUCUCAUCGCGAAUCAAGAUAGAGAUAGCAUUGUUCUUAAGUAUCUUGGAAGCUUCUGUUACCCUAAAUGGACUCUUGAAGCUUUUGUCCUUUCCAAUGCUCAAAGGUACUCUGGAGUGUGGGUGGUGACUAGAUGCAGCUCGUUGUCUCAAUACGGAUAUGAUCUUAGUGAUUGGCUCUUAUGUCUCAUUGUCCUCGUUCUCAUGGGUGUUAUAUGCCGAUUCAUAGCUUAUUUCUGCAUGGUUACCUUCAAGAAACUGUAACCUAUAAUAUUCCCUGUUGUUGAAGCCCCCUGUGAUUAAAAAGCGUACAUAUUGUAUAAAAUCAUGUAACAAAGUUCUAUUUUUGAUAAAUUAUAUGAAAUUAAAUCAGAUAAUAUAAGUAGUUUAUUGAAUUUAAAAAAAUAGAUUUCCAAUUAUAUUCUGUUACAAGUUACAACAGACUUCCAAUUUGUAAAGGGAUUUCAGCAAAUAAAUCAGUCAGCACAAAAAAAGGAAAAAAAUGGUUAACCUGUAAUACAUCUCUAUCGUCAGCGUAUAAAUUUUUGAACCCAUAUACAUCUCUAUAGAAUCAACCUGUAAUACAUCUCUAUCGUCAGCGUAUAAAUUUUUGAACCCAUAUAAAUCGUCCAAGCCCACUCCGAAGUCUCUUAUGACAAGAGGAAAACGGCAAGGAGUGUUAUUUUGUAAAUUAAAGCGGUACCGUAUCAGUUUAGUUUGCGAUCCCUGAACUGAAACGGCAAGAGUGUUGGUGGUAAAAGGAUAAGGGGGUCAAAUUAACGGCGUUCAAAGGAAUCCGUAUACGUUGAUGAAGACUAGCUUCCCAUAACUAAUAAGUGUUUUUUUGGUAAAGUUUAGAUUUUUGUUUGUGAUAGAUCGCAAUGUAUGUAUGGUCUUGUUGAAGCUGUAUGAUUCUGUUUGUUGAUCAUCAGAUGGUGUUGUUCAUGGUUCUUCAAGAAGCCAAAGUACUUCAAGAAGAAGAGGAGUUGAUAUUGAUAGUCCUUCAUAGUAAAGUCAAGAUCUACACCAAAUAGCUUUGAAUGUUUAAGCUAUCUUUAGAUAUCAAACAUAUCUGCUUGGAUAGUCCUUCAUUUCCUUAUGUGCUCUUUAUCCUCCAAUGAGAAUAAUCCAUCAAACAGUAGCAACACAGCCACAAUAGGCUUGUUUUUGUCUGAACAUAAAAUGAUUUCUUGCAGUGUCAAUGUCUACUUUUAGUCUACUGGUACCUUUGGCCUAUGUGUAAAGCAUUUGGCAAAUAUUAGGUUCAAGUCCUUGUGCAACAAGAGUAAGUGAAUAACAAUAGUUUUUUUUUUGUGUG